CAGAUCAAGGCUUGGCUUGAUCGUUGUUCCUCCCACCCUGAUUGUGGCAGGCCCGGAUACGGACAGGAGGGCCGCGCUGUUCCGCAACCGCAGCUCCCGUACCGAGUCCUAGAUCUCGGCCAGACGCCCGAUGCCGUCGUUAAGCUCGCCGAGACUUCCCAGUGGGAAGAUUCAAGGAGGCACGCCGAGUACGCAUGCCUCAGCCACUGCUGGGGGGAUUCCCGGCCGGAUUGCAUCACGACUAGGGAGAACUAUGAAAAGAACAAGCGCGGGAUCGAGCUUUCCCGGUUCUCCAAGACCUUCCGGCACGCGGUGGCGCUCUGCAGAGAACUCGGCUUUCGAUACCUGUGGAUCGAUUCCUGCUACAUCAUCCAGGACGACGAAGCGGACUGGCGAUCGCAGUCCGCUGAGAUGUGCAACAUCUUCAAGAACGCGACGAUCACCGUGGCAGCGGCGGCGUCCAGAUCGGGCGAUGAAGGCUGCUUC